AUGGAAUUCGACACGGCACUCAGACACCCAUUCACAAUGUUGGUUUCCGGUCCCACAAGUGUUGGGAAAACCGUUUUUGUUCAAAAAUUGUUGGAGGCCAACAUGUUUGACCCAGUACCCGAACGAACCGUGUGGGCCUAUGGCGAAUGGCAACAGUCUUACGAAACAUUUUCUUACACUUACGUCCAUGGCUUAGGAAAUAUCGAUGAUGUCAUGGCUCAAGUGCCAGGGCCUCAAAUUUUGGUAGACGAUGAUUUGAUGGGCGAAGAUACGGCUGCCCUUGAACAAUGGUUUACGAAAAAGAGUCACCACCGAAACACAAGUGUCAUUUACAUUGUGCAAAAUUUGUUUGAUAAAAAACAACGCACAAUAAGUCUCAAUGCCCAUUAUUUGGUCUUGUUUAAAAACCCUAGAGAUGCUUCUCAGUUGGGUGUGUUAGCCCGACAAAUGUAUCCUGGACAUGCUCAAUUCAUGCAAGAAGCCUACACUGAUGCCACUUUACCACCCAGAAGUUAUUUGCUCGUGGAUUUAAAACCCGACACACCCGAAGAGAUGAGAUUGCGAACAAGAAUUUUACCCUCAGAGGCUCCAGGCUUCGUCUAUCUCCGAAAAGUAUAA